AUGGCUACGGACUCUGGAACUGUCCGCCGUGUUGGCGCAGAUGGUUCACCUUUGAGGCCGCGAUCACCCGCGGCACCUAGCACACCACCCUAUGGACAGGGAGGCUUGGACGGCUCGGAAGGGCAGACGGCCAGGAAGUUUGUGGACUACAAAAUGGAUCCGGCACCGUCCUGGAACGGGGAGCACCCAGAGAGUGAGUACAGGGAAUAUGCCAGGAACCUUAAGCUGUGGCUCAUCGAGGCGGAGGCCAGACUGCCUCCGAGUCUGAUUGGGAAACGAAUUCUGGAUGUGAUUCUCUUUGGAAGUCGGUUGGAGGCAAGGCUGGAGCAAGCUUUCGAUGCAGCGAUCUUCCGUGGCCGGCGGCGGCCGGGCCAGACCCUGACCGGCUUCUUGGCGACCAAGAAGGCGGCCUUCGCAGAGCUGAAGAAGCAGGGGCUGGACAUGCUGGCGACAGACGCGGGUAACCACCUUCUCGGGCAUCUGCUGUUAAAGCAGGGUGGUUUUACCCUGGACCAACAGCAGCGCAUCCGGGUGCUGACCGAUGGCAGCAUCGACUUCCAAGAUCGAGCUGGCGAUCCGAAAGAUCUUUGGCGUGAGGGUGAAAACACCGGCGACUAUGACAGCUACUAUGGCAACGGCGGCCAUGGAUAUGACGACAACCUUGCCGAGGAACCGGCCCUCUGCGACGACCUCCUCGACUUCGGCGUUAACUCCGGCGAGGUCUACAUGAUUGUCGACGAGAUGCCCCAGGACUCCUUGGAGGAGACGGAGGCCAUCGAGUACGCCGGCGAGUGCCUGAGCUGGGUUUUCUUCGAGGCCCGGGAGCGAGCAAAAGGAAAGGGCAAAGGCAAGCCCGGCAAGCACGGCAAAGGCAAGAGCUUCGGCAAAGGGAAGGGCCACAAGGGCAGCUUCGGAAAGAAGCCCCCUCCACCUGGAACUUUCGGCGUCUAUGGCUCUUACCUGAACCACCGGCGUGCACUUCAGGAUGCACGAAAGGGCCGAGGCUUCGACCGAUCAGGCGACCAGCGGCCACGGCUUUCUCUCGAGCAGCUUCAGGCCAAGUCAAGGUGCCAUGCCUGUCGGCAAGUGGGUCAUUGGUCCCGCAACUGCCCGCAGAAGGGGCGCCAGCGGCCAAUAGCAACAGGCAACCAACCAAACGCCCAGCGGCCCACGACGGCCAUGUUCUUUGUAGAGCCCUCGGCGCAAAGCUCAGGGUAUCUGACCAUGAGUGGAGCGAACCCGACCGAAGAGCAAUACAUGAGUGACUGCCAGCCAGACGGGUUGACUCAGCAACGGUUCAGUUAUUUCUGCUUUAGCUCUCCGAGCCAACCGCCACCUGCCCCGGACAUCGGGGACUUUCUGUCCUACCUGGAGGACG